UUUUCUUGAAGUUUUCUUUAUUUGCCCAUGAGAUGUGAGGAAUUGUUUCCAGUUUAAUCUAAUCAAAGGUAAUUGGCUAUAGGACUCAAAAGUAUGCUGCAGAAUUGACAAUAUUCCAGAUAUGCUUUUGAAUUGACCCCUGGCCUUCAUGAUAUCCUAAACUGUGUUUUUCCCCAAACAGGCUGAUAGCCUAUAGCCUAAUGAAAGAAAAUGUCUUGUUCUUUUCUAAAUGACCUGAUUAUUAAAUCAAGAGGACACUGCGCACUGGGCCAAGGUCUUUACCCAACCAAAAAGAGUCAGCAGGCCUCACAAAAGGCCCAUUCAGUACUCAGAAACCCAGACCAACACUGCCACGUCAAAAAUGUUUGAGCAUGCAACACUGAUGAAAAACGUGUUUUAGGCUACCCUAAGAAAACUGUGACGACCAGGUAGGCAAUAGGGCAGGCGACAACAACACAUGGAGUAAUGUAACUGCUGCAGAAUGUCCUGUCCUUAAUUACCCUUCUUAUUUUAGUUGCAAAUUAAAUAGUUUAUAUGCAAGGUGUGUCUGAGGACCAGUAUAAAUACAUGCCGAUAGAUUUUUUUCUGCUUUCCCUAUAAAGGUGCAGAGAACGUAUGGAGGACACAGAUUCUACAAAAGGAAUUUGAACUUUGAGGGAAAACUGCAGUGUGACGGGGAUCGAUGGAAGCUGGAGAAGCACCACGUCGCUCUACAGUUCCAGCCCACAGAGCAGGAAGGCGGUGGAAACGUGGUCAUCCUUUUUCUAGAAGAACCUUGUCCUCCGUUUUUGUUGCUGCCGCCGGGUUUUGGUUCUUCCUAGUAGUCUUCGUCCUUUACAUCCUAGAACAGUCUGACUACGAGGAGACCCGCUCGGCCACGCUCCUGAUCUGGGCGCACCCGUUCGGUCGGUACAGCAAACUUCCCGACUGCCUCGCGCUCUUUCAGAUUGGAGGGUGCACGAUCACAGAUGACAGGAGCGCGUACCCUUUGGCUGACGCUGUCAUCAUUCACCACCGGGAGGUUGCUUCAGGCGCCGUGCAUCUGCCAACGGAGCCGCGGCCAGGUGCGCAAAAGUGGAUUUGGAUGAACUACGAGUCUCCUGCGCAUACGCCCAGACUGUGGCGUUUUGAUGGCGUUUUCAAUCUCACGCUCACCUACAGGGCGAAUUCGGAUAUAUAUCUUCCCUACGGGAAUGUGGUCCCUACAAUAAACAGAAGACUCGACAAGAACAACUUGACACAAACGCUCCACGCGCCCGCGCGCUCUCAGCUUCUCCGGCCCCGCCUCCUUGCCUGGGUCAUCAGCAAUUGGUCGGAGUCUCAAGCGCGCGUGGCUUUUUACCACAAGCUCCGUCGGUACAUGAGGGUGGAUGUGUUCGGACGAGCAGGCCGAGCGUUACCGGGGGACAGCGGAAAGGGCAGUGUAGUGCGCAUGCUCAGACAGUACCAGUUCUACCUGGCGCUGGAAAACUCCCAGCACACUGACUACAUCACAGAAAAACUGUGGAACGCGGUCCUGGCCGGGGCCAUCCCGGUGGUUCUUGGUCCGUCCAGGCAGAACUAUGAGCGCUUCCUGCCUCCCGAGGCCUUCAUCCACGUGGGUGACUUCCCCACAGUGCGCGCACUGGCUAAGUACCUGCUGAGACUGAGUCAUCCGAACAGGCUGAGACGGCACCUGGACUGGAGGGAUGGUUACAGCCUACAUCAGAUCUCCUUCUGGGCUGAGCAUUACUGCACAGCCUGCAGGGCAGUGAGGAGGACCAGGGGCAGGACACAUGUAGUCAGAGACCUGAAAAGAUGGUUUUAUUCGUGAGAAACGCCUGGAA